AUGGCGGUGUUGGAGAACAUGGCUGUUGCUAUGCAGGCCACUGCGGAAGCUCUUGGGCAACAGAUGAACAAUCGUGGCAAUGACGGAACAUCGCAUUGGUGGCAAGGAGUCCGACAUCUCCUGCAGCAGGGUGAUGACUAUAUCACCUGGGAUGUCCUCCGGGAGGAAUUCUAUAAGAAUUACUUUCCAACUUCUGCCAGGACGGCCAAGAAACUUGAGUUGCUGCAGCUGAAGCAGGGUACUUUGUCUGUAUCUGAGUAUACCGACAAGUUUGAGGAGCUAUUCAGGUUUUCCCUUAUGUUUCAGGGAGCUCUGGGAGACUAUGAGGAAUUGAAGUGCAUUAAGUAUGAAGGAGAACUCCGAAGUGAUAUCUUCAGCUCAGUAGGACCAAUGGAGAUCAGAACUUUCUCAGAGUUGGUGAACAAGAGUAGAGUUACUAAAGAGUGUGUGAAGAAAGCAGCUACAGAGAGGGAAAGUCACAAGGGAUCAUUCCCACAGAACCGAGGGAAAAACUUUGCACCUAUAGGUCUGCCUUUCAAGCGGGGAGGCUCUUUCAAGAGGCCCAACAACAACAACUCCCAAGGGAAGAGAUUUGGGAAGCAGCUUCAAAGUGAACAAGCUUGUGCUAAGUGCGAAAGUCACCAUUCGGGAGCUCCGUGCAAGGCCGGGUGGGGCUUGUGUUAUUCUUGUGGUAAGGUGGGACACAAAGCCACAAACUAUCCGGAUAAGCAGAAACAAGGUACAGGAAAAGCACAGCAGACUGGUCGGGUGUUCACCGCUUCAGCUAUAGGUGUCAAGGGAUCCGAGACACUUAUCCGAGGUAACUGGAAAAUGGCUGGUCAAACUUUAAAUGCUUUAUUUGAUUCGGGAGCAACACAUUCAUUUAUUGCAUUCAAAAAAGCUAGUGAGUUAGGACUAAAGAUUGUAGUUUUAGGUUAUGACCUAAAGGUGUAUAAUGCCACCCACGAAGCCAUGGUGACUAGGCUAGGAUGCCGCAAGUUGCAUUUAAGGUCAAGCAACGGUAUCUUGUUGUUAAUUGCGGGUGUUUUGGGUGAUGAUCAAAGAUUGGAGCAGAUUCUGGUUGUGUGUGAGUUUUCGGAGGUGUUUCCCAAUGAUAUUGAUGAAUUUUCACCUAAUCGAGAGGUUGAGUUUGCUAUUGAGUUGGUGCCUAGGGCUGGACCAAUCUCAAGUGCUUCUUAUAGAAUGACACCGCUAGAAAUGGCCGAGCUAAAGUCUCAGUUAGAGGAUCUGUUGGGUAAGAACUUUAUCCGACCAAGUGUUUCUCUUUCAAGCGCACCAGUGUUACUGGUAAAGAAGAAAGACGGGAGUAUGCGGCUUUGUGUGGACUACAGGCAGCUGAACAAGAAGAGUGAGGUGAAAUUUUUGGGUCACGUGGUGAGUAAGCAAGGGAUAGCAGUAGAUCCAUCUAAAGUGGUGGCGGUAUUGAAUUGGGGGCGACCAACCUCAGUGGCAGAGAUAAGGAGUUUUCUGGGUUUAGCUAGUUAUUACCGAAGAUUCAUCAAAGGCUUUUUACAUAUAGCUUUGCCAUUGAUAAGGUUAACCCGCAAGGACGCGCCAUUUGUUUGGACUCCUAAGUGUGAGGAGAGUUUUCAGGCGUUGAAGCAAAAGUUGACCAUUGUACCUGUGUUAGUGUUACCUGAGCCAAAUGAGCCAUUCGAGGUGUACUGCGAUGCCUCAUUGAAGGGUCUAGGGUGUUACUGGCCAUUGAACAAGGGAAACAGUGGAGAGUAUCAGAGGAUAAAGAUGGGCUAUGAAGAUUCAAGGGCGAUGUUUUGGUGGUCGGGUGUGAAGAAUGAUGUGGUGGAGUAUGUCUCGAAGUGCUUGACUUGUCAAAAGGUGAAGAUCGAACAUAAAAAACCUUCCAGGACGUUGCAUCCUUUAGAGGUUCCGCAAUGGAAGUGGGAAAGCAUUGCGAUGGACUUUGUGUCGGGAUUACCAAGGACCAGGGCCAAUUUUGAUGCUAUCUGGGUAAUUGUGGACUGA